GGUGAGAGUGAGAGAGAAAGUGUCAUUCGUCAGCUUUUUCUGAGAUUUUCAGUGUAGAAAAUUAGAAUCCAACUAAGAGCUCUAGACAAUUUUUACGCUGUGUAACUACUAUUCCUGCAAAACCCUAACCCUAAUCUCAACCAUCUCUCAUUUCAUCGUCUCCAAUGGCCUCUCGUUGUCGCUCAGUCUCAAGACCAGCUCUCAACCUUCUCAAAUCCACCAUGAACAAACCGACACCCAGACCCGGACCCAUACCUUCACUCCGGACCCCUCUCUCUUCUCCAACAUUUCAAAGGUCACUGUCUCAAUUGGGUUCUCUUCAAUCUCUGCUUCCACUCUACUCAGCUGUUUCUUCGGCCCGACUCACCUCCUGCCUCGGCAUAGACUCGAAAGGGUCGAGGUCGUUGUCUCAGGGUAUGCUUUGCAGUGCCAACCCAGGAGUUUGAUAUUUUAUAAUGUUUCUGUUUUGGCCAUACAAUGAGGAGCUCAUCCAUUUCCUGCAGAAGAAAGUUUCCAACCCGGACUUGCACUUCAACUUCAUACCUGAGCUCAACAUUUACUCUUAUAGCCCUCAUCAGCUCAUCCAAUUUUUUUUUUUUUUUUUUUUUUUUUUUUUUUUUGUCCUUUUCUCUUGUGACUGAUUACCAUGCUUAUUUAUUCUGAUGAACAAGCCUUGCUAGUAAACCAAGCUCAGCAAAUGUUGUGAUACUCACAUAGUUCAUCUCCGGACUUGGUUACUAGUUACUACAUCAUGCAUCUUCUUUUUUUGUUAUUUACAGACACGAUGGUUGUAAAGUCUUGAGUGAUAUAGUGGUUGUUUAGGAAUAUUGCAUUAUAGCUCUUUCUUAUGUCCACCUUAAUUUUUCUGAUCAUUAAUCUUAUCCCCUUUAGCUUUCCACAUCGAAAACUUGGUAUCAGAAAUGUAUUUUCUUCUUGUCAUGUGCUCUGAAGGCAAAGAAUAUUUGGAGAGGACCUUGUAAUUCGGAUGUCAAGGCAAAAAAGAAAUAAUUUAUGGGA